AUGUCACCAAAUAUGCUAUAUUCUGACAUGAAACAAAACAAUGUUUGGCCGUACAAUUAUUCAAAUGAGUCUAAUACAGAUAAUAACGGUGGAUUAACGUACAAUAUAGAACACGCCCAAGCAGAUAACAUCCAAUCACAACUAGAUCAAUAUGGCAGAGACGAUCUAUACUCAAAUUUUGGCUCCAAAGCACCUAAUACACAUACAACUGAUAUUCUUCAUGACACAAUCACGCAGAAUAUCUACAACGAUGGAACUAACUUAAUUGCUGGUGAAGGGUACAACAUUUAUCCAAAGGAUGAUAUUAAUCAUGAUGCAUGCAAAAAUUUAGCCUCUAAUACAAAAUACGAUUAUGAGAAUUGUGUUGAAGAUGGAAAAAAAGAUUUAAAUAGGUCAAAUUUUGAGGAUGUGAACGAUGGUAAUGUGGGUAUAGAUCUGACUUCACACAACUACCAAGCAGACACACAUAUGCGGUGGAAUGACAAUUACCCGGUUGUAACACAAGAAAAUACAGAUUCAACAUGCAGUUACAUGGCUAAUGAAGCACUGCCUUAUUACGACAAGUCGACAAACGGCUUUCAACAUGAAUCAAACUUGGGGAAAGUGGACGCUUAUAUCAAUAAAACAUUUCAGAACCAUUUCAAUAAUUAUGCAACGGGGAACGAUCAACGUGAUAGCUUUAGGGAAAAUAUAAAUUUAACGCAGUUGUUUAGUGUCCCUCAAAAUAACUAUCUGGCUUAUGACCCUAAUCCCCAGUAUGUUUGGAACAACAAUAUUGGAUUAGGACUGAAUAGUCAGAUUUCCGCAUCUGAUCCUUGGGGAAAUUAUUGUCUAGGUGCAACAUACAAUAAUGAAAAUGCUAAUCAUCAGCGCUCAGCACAGAUAGGGGAUUCUAACCGAGUAGACUUGUAUGAUAUGGUGCAUGAUCCUUAUUCAACUGGAUAUUUUGGUAAUACGAUGACACGUAAAAAUUACUGCCACAGGAACCCUUAUCCUAAUCAGCACGAUUAUGCUUCAAGUGCAAAUGGGAUACCAGGUUCGCAAAAUAUGGCUCGUUGUGUAAAUACUUCAGAUAUAUACCCAGUUGUAGAUUCCAAUUCGCUCGGAGGUAAUAUAGAUGAAUUUGAUUUUUACAACAAAUAUCAAUCACAAUACAAUAACCAGGCUGGAUUAUCUCACGGAUAUUAUAAUAACCAUGCUCAGAAACCCAUGCAAAAAUUUUCUCAAAAAUCUAUGAAUUACAAUGAUACUAAUGCUGUUAGAACCACUGGUGAUGAGGCGUUGGAGAAUGUAUUGUACAGAGGUAACUUGAAGAAGAUAGAUUUGACAAACAUUGAUUUUAUUGGAAUGAGUGACAAACUUUGGCAGACCCUUAAGGGCGCAGGAAUGUUUAAAUUGGGUAACAAGGGACGAGCUAUUCUUAAAUCCAAGAUUUCAAAAUAUCUAAAGAUGCAUCCUGAAAUGCGAAUGAGGGCUGGUUGCAUUUCUGGAGUUAGAAGAGCAACUACUAGACAGUUGUUUCAACUGGCACAGAUUUGUCAAAUAACAUCCCAUUUAAAGUAG